AUGGCACCGUCCGCCGACCCACCCGCCACGACGAACGGCGCAUCAACCUCCAAGGAGCCUCUCACGCUAUAUGAAGUAUCGACACAAUACAAACACUGGCGGUUCACUCCGUCGCAGCUCGAGCAACGUCGCCGGAGCAUGAACGAAGUUGCUGUCAACGCAAUACGGCAAGUGCACGAAGCAGAGGAGGAAGGAUCUAGUUCUCGCAUAUCGUUCUUGACAUUUGAGGAUGAGCUGCUGCUUGUCAAGCAGUAUUUGACUACGAUCCCGAAGAUGUGCAAGCUGCACCAGUUUCCGGAAGAGGUGGAGGCUACAGCCAUGAGCUUCUUGAAAAGGUUUUAUCUCAAGAACACCGUAAUGGAUUGGCAUCCCCGCAAUGUCAUGCUGACAGCCAUAUAUCUCGCUACGAAAACAACGAAUAACCCGAUGGCUGUGGAUCAAUACGUCGCAAGCAUACCCCGAACAACGCCAAACGACGUGCUGGAACUAGAGUUCCUAGUCGCGCAGAGUCUGAACUUCCAGCUGGCAGUAUGGGGUGCGCAUCGGGCAGUAUGGGGAAUAUGGCUAGAUCUACAGACGCUCCCGGACUGGAACAAGAACGAAGCGCAGGAGUCAUUUAAUCUCGCACAAGAGCACGUCAGCGCUUCCCGCCUCACCGAUGCCGAGUUCAUCUACGCGCCGUCCCAGAUCGCCGCUGCCGCUUGGCACCUCGCAAACCCGUCAUUACUAGAGAAGUGGCUCGCGGCGAAGAAAGAGUCUGGCGCUCUACCCCUGAUCAGGGAAAUUGGGACGUUGAUAGAGAAGGAAGGUAAUGCGCCGGAUUUGGCUGUGGCGAAAGACGUGGAUGCGAGGUUGAAGAUAUGCAAGAACCCGGAGAAGGUGGAAGGGAGCAAGGCGUACUUACGCCGACUUGCGACUGAGGAGGAGGAGGCAGAGGAGAAACGUAAGAAGAAAGCUGAGCGAGCUGCAAAGGCACUUGCGGAAGAUCCUUUUGCGUCGGAGCCACUCACUGGUGUUGUGCAGAAUGGGACGAAGAUCAGUAACGUGGACAUGGAGGAUGAUGAUUGAUCGUAUUUGU